CUCUCUCAAGUCUCAACUUUUUCUCAAAAAAAGAAAAAAACCUAGAAGAAUAGGAAGAGACAGGUGAGAGAAUAUUUGAGAUGGGAAGUUUGGGAGAAGAAGAUCUAGAGAAGCUUGUGCUUGAUUAUAUUGAAUCAUCUCCGAUCACUGUCUCCGAUCAUCUUGAGACUUCUCCAACGGUUCUUAUCACUCUUGAGGAGAUUCUAAGGAAAAAAGGUGAAGAAGAGAAAGAGAUGGAAGAGAAGAUUAAGUCGUUUAUGAAGAGAGGAAGGUUGUCAUAUGAAGGAGACGAUGAGAAGAGAGAUGUGAUGAACAAGAUUGUCUCUAAACUCAGAUCUGACGGCUACGAUGCUUCUCUUGCCAAAACUUCAUGGGACUCUUCGUUUGAUCAUCGUGAAGGGUGUAGAGUGUUUAGGUGCUCUAGGAAGUACGAGUACAUUGACGUCAUGGUCAAGGGUGGUCGCGACGGUGAUGGCGUGAGCAAGCUGAAACGUGUGAUAAUUGAUCUUGACUUCAAAUCUCAGUUUGAGCUAGCGAAACAGACACAAGCUUACAAAGACAUGACUGAGAUGCUUCCGACAGUGUUUGUGGCGACAGAGGGGAGACUGAGAAGAGUUGUUUCGUUGGUUUGUGGUGAGAUGAAAAAGUCGAUGGAGAUAGAAGGAAUGUCUAGACCACCAUGGAGGACUUCAAGAUACAUGCAGUCCAAGUGGCUACCUGAGAAUCGUCGAAGAGUCUCUGGUUGCAAGAAAGGGUCUUGGUCUUGGUCUGUGUUUGAUCAUGAUGGUGGUGAAGGAAAAGGUCAAGCUAGGAGUUGGACAGUGAGUGGUGGUGGUCCGAAAACAAAGUGUUGUUUUCCUAUUUUCUGAGAGGAAUAAGCAACGUUUUUUCUU